CUCGCGCCCGGACCGCCCCCCGCGGCAGCCCCGGAGCCAUGGCUAGCCUGGGCCACCCUGCCGCCUUCGGCCGGGUCACGCACGCCGUGGUGCGGGCGCUGCCCGAGUCCCUGAGCCAGCACGCGCUGAGGCGCGCCAAGGGCGACGAGGUGGAUUUCGCCCGCGCCGAGCGGCAGCACCAGCAGUACGUGGGCGUGCUGGGCAGCAAGCUGGGGCUGCAGGUGGUGGAGCUGCCGGCCGACGAGAGCCUCCCGGACUGCGUGUUCGUGGAGGACGUGGCCGUGGUGUGCGAGGAGACGGCCCUCCUCACCCGGCCCGGGGCGCCCAGCCGGAGGAAGGAGGUGGACAUGAUGAAAGAAGCAUUAGAAAAGCUUCAGCUCAAUAUAGUAGAGAUGAAAGAUGAAAAUGCAACUUUAGAUGGUGGAGAUGUCUUAUUUACAGGAAGAGAAUUUUUUGUGGGCCUUUCCAAAAGAACAAAUCAACGAGGUGCUGAAAUCUUGGCUGAUACUUUUAAGGAUUAUGCAGUCUCUACUGUCCCUGUGGCUGAUUCUUUGCAUUUGAAGAGUUUCUGCAGCAUGGCUGGACCUAACCUGAUUGCAAUCGGGUCUAGUGAAUCCGCACAAAAGGCCCUCAAGAUCAUGCAACAAAUGAGUGACCACCGCUAUGACAAGCUCACGGUGCCUGAUGACAUGGCUGCAAACUGUGUGUAUCUCAAUAUCCCCAGCAAAGGACAUGUCUUGCUGUACCGAACCCCAGAAGAGUAUCCAGAAAGUGCAAAGGUUUAUGAGAAACUGAAGGACCAUCUGCUGAUCCCUGUCAGCAUUUCUGAAAUGGAAAAAGUGGAUGGGUUGCUCACCUGCUGCUCGGUUUUAAUUAACAAGAAGGGGGACUCUUAAGCCACAGAGUUCCUCUCUGGUAGCCAGCAAGAUGGCCCAAGCCCGGCCUGUGACUCUCUACCUACUCCCUUUGUUAUCCUUGACAAUCUACUGUGCUACUAACUCUUGUUUACAAAAUUUUAAUUCCAAGUUUAAUUGCUUCAUUUUCUGCACCCUCACCCUCCUUCCUCUCAUGGUGGUACCUAAACUGUGGACUUGCUAAAUUAAUUAAGCAACCUAGAAAAUAGAAAGCUAAUGAAUCAUUGCAAUGUGAUUAAUAAUAGUAUGGAAACACUCAUCAUGGUGUUUGUAUAUCUGUGUGAAAGUCAUUCAGUUGCCAUAUAUUCCGAAGAUUGUCUUCCCAAUCAGUCAGAUAAACUAGGUUUUCUUCUCUGCAUCGUGAAUCAUAUUUGGUUCCAAGGUAUUUUUUUGACCUUUUCUAGUUCCCUCACAAAUACCUUGGCCUUGGGGAAAAUCCAAAGUCUGUGUAUUAGAUACCUUCCUUCAGGGCUAUGUUGUCUGCCAGCAGUCUCCUCUGCCCCCUGGCCACACCUUUUAAUACCAGCAGUCCGUAUCUGUGACUGCUUCAGGGAGCAUUCACUACACCAAGGCAGAUCCCAACAGUUUGCCCCAGAGAUAGAAAUUCCAGAAGAAGUUGAGCACCACACCUACAAAAGUAAUAUCUGCACUAGAUGGUUGCUAAGGGAGCCUAGAUCAGGACACUUGGAAACACCCCAUGGGUACAACAUCUUAGAGAGUCUCUAAGUCACAUACCAUGAAUUUUUGCCUCUUUACUGGUCUUAGAGGCCCUGGGAGGAAAGUCUCAGUUUUUCCUUCAGGUUAUUUCUGUUUUCCCCCUAACCUGACUCACCCUAUUUCCAGCUUUCAACCCCUUGCAAUUGUGAAGGUCUAUCAAAGUCAUCCUUUCAAGAGACAUCACGUCUUAGAAUGAUUUUUGAAGUCUAGUAUCAGCCAGAGGGAGCAGCCCUCACAGUCAAGAAGCCUGUUCAGGAAGUCAAGGACUUAGGGCUUGAAACCAGCCUCUGACAACAGAUGAUUCCACUUGGAAGUAUCAGUGAAUAUUUACUGUGACAUUCAAGUCAAACUUCUUUUUCCUCUAGCUUUCAAAUUAUACCACUUCCAUUUGACAAAAAUCUCCCACAAAGAACAAUGCCACUGCAAAAGGAGAGAUCAUUCUUUUAUAUGAAGCUGAAUCAGGCCAGGGAAAUGGGACUUUCCAGGCAUAUCAUCAAACUUCCUAGCCAUCUCCACCUUCCAAAGAUUUAAAAAUCAAAGAGACUGAGAAAUAUUACUCCCAAUCUAGCUAUGCUCACCUCUGUAUUUGUGAUCAAACAUUGCUUACAUUGGUGAUUUCACUCAUUUUCUCAGCAGAUGAAAGUAGAGACCAGAGAAAAUCAAGACAUUCUUAACCACAUCUAUUAUUUUCAUUUAAUUGACUUUCUUCCAGAAAUUUGACCCUCUUUCCUGUUGUUUAACUCACUCACAAAUUCAUAUCACAUGCAAAGACCUAUGUGCAUUCUGUGAAUGAACCAUUAUCUGGUGGCUAUUGUUUUGUGAAACAUCUCAUCAUGGGUGAAUAAUAUGUUUGUACUGGAGAGAAUGAAGGCUAGCCACAUGCCUAAGUUAAUAAAGAAAAUUGUUCUCUGCGAUUAUGGCUGCCCCUUGGGGUUAAAUCUAGCCCUACCCUGGCAUAAGGCAGAAUUUCUCCCUAUGAGAGCUCACCAUCUCAAAAACAACCACGGGCAAAACCAAUCCAGCCAGCCAGUGGGGGCUAACUGGCAUGUAAUUUUCAAUAACAUUCCUUCUAUCAUCCCAAAUCAGAGGGCUGUUCUCUAUGAUAUUUAGCCAAUUAUAAGUGAAUAGAUUUUUCUUUGUAUCAAUUUGCUCUGCCCAGGGCAGUUUUUCAUUUUCCCUUUCCUUUGCUUCUUUUUUCUUUUUUUUUUUUCUUUCCUUCUUUUUUUCUUGUUGAGAUCACUCAGAAUCUCUAUGCCUCUUCUACAUCUUAUUCUGUACUGCUAUAUUACCUAAUGGGCUGACUUCUUUGCACUCUCUGUGUGAUAUAAUGAUGUAAUAUUCCCAGCAUAAUAAUAGAAUUACUUCUCAUCAGUAUAGUAUUCCCUUUGAAAAGGGUCCCUGUGACUUAUAAUGAUGAAAAACUAAAAGAACCCCGCUAUAGGCAUUAUAAUGACAUGAGGACUUAUAUUGAAGUAAGAGGUGAGUCAGAGUUACUUGAUCAGUCUUAUGCAAUCUAACUAAAGAUGAUAUAGUGCAAAUGCCUCAUUUAGCAUUAUUUCUUCAACUAUCUGGCUUGCUAUGGAAAUCCGUGUGGCCAUCUCUCUAAAGUGUAUUGAUAGUUCUUUGAAAGUGUCUGUGAGUGUUCACAGACUAUUACUAAGGCCAUUUCUUCAUCUCAAAGGUGGGGGAAUAGUUGGUAGAUGAAUAAUGUAACGUACAUAAAGCUGCAUGUUCGUCUAUACUUAUUUACCCUUUAACAUGAUACACAGCUCCAACAUAACGUCAUCAUGGUGUUAUACUUGUGUAUUUUAUUUUCCUACCCAUCAUGUUUCAGCCACUCUGUGUGCCAAAACCAGUAAUGCCUUCCACGGCCUGUUUGUCCAGAGAAGAUCUGCACUGAUUUUAGUCUCUUGCUGCCCAAUCCUACAUGUGUACCCAUCACGACGGAAUAAAGUAUGAGUUGUACUCUGA